UUUUUCAACAACUUACACUCCAAUGGCAUCAAACACAUGCUUUGCAUUGUCAACUCUAUUAAUUUUGUACUUCUUGGCUGCAUCAACUUCUGUUCUAGAAGUCGAUGGAGCUGGUGAGUGUGGAAAAACACCUAUUCGGUCUGCUGCCCUUAGCUUGAGCCCAUGCUUGGCUGCAGGUGGGAAUGCCAAGGCUAAGGUUCCACCAAUGUGUUGUACCAAGGUUAACGCUUUAAUCAAUACUGCACCAAAGUGUCUUUGUGCGGUUUUGCUUUCUCCAUUGGCUAUCCAAGCUGGUAUAAAGCCUGCUAUUGCGAUAGGCAUCCCUAAGCGAUGUAACAUCAAAAAGAGGCCAAUCGGGAAGAAGUGUGGGAGAUACAUCGUGCCAUGAAGAUGAUAUCAUGGAAAGAAACUAUAAAAGUGUUGACUACAUAAAUUCGUCCUACGAAUAAGUUUAUUACAAAUACAUGCUCUUUCUGUUGUAAGCAAGUCAUGUGUGAUACGUGUUCUUGAUGGAAGUGAGGACGAAUCUAAUUUCAUAAUAUAUGUAUUGUUUUCUGUAUUGAAAUGUUUUAGUGUAAUAUGAAAUAAUUUUUCUCAAAA